GCAGGAUGAAUAAUUAUUCAUCCCGUAGGAAUGGAAGAAACCAAAACAAGAGAGUCAGAGAAAGUAGCUUUUAACAACAUGCCAGGUCACUUACCGGUACACAAUGGUGUGCGAAUAGACCAUGCUAAAUGCAGGUAUCCACACUGCAUUGUUUGGACACCCAUUCCAUGCCUGACAUGGCUAUUUCCAUUCAUUGGACACAUGGGGAUUGCCACAUCAGCAGGUGUGAUCAGGGAUUUUGCUGGACCAUAUUUUGUGUCGGAAGAUGACAUGGCAUUUGGAAGACCAGCAAAAUACUGGCAGCUGGAUUUGAACAAUGUUCCGAAGGGCAAGGAGAAGUGGGACAAGUCUGUCUCAGAAGCAUCAGAGGAAUACAAACACAGAAUGCACAAUCUCUGCUGUGAUAAUUGUCACUCCCACGUUGCCAUGGCGUUGAACUUAAUGAACUACGACAACAAAUCGAACUAUAACAUGGUAGUUCUGUGUAUACUGAUGCUCAUUCAUGGGAAAUAUGUCAGUGUUUGUGGGUUUCUGAAGACUUGGCUACCGUUUCUGAUCAUGGUUUCCAUUAUAAUUGUGGUCUGUGUACUAGCCUCACAUGCGUGAUAUCUCUUCAAAAAGGAGAACUGGGACUCUUAACUUAAAUUCAUUUGAUUGUUAAAUGAAUUAGUAAAUGAGGAAGACAUUUACUAAGGAGGAACUCUUAUAGUCUUUUGGUGAUUUUUAGGUCAAUAGUUACAUGUAGUUCAUUUGAUGCUAUUGUUUCAUAGAUUGGCCAUCAAUGAAGAGAUUGAAAAGUUGCACAUCCAUUAUUAAAUAAGUUUAUUUACCACUUACCAGACUAUCUGUAGCCAUUAGGUGUGGAACAUUUUAGAACCAUUCUGGGUUUUUUUACAAUUACUUCUUUGUUCUUGCAACAUUUAAUUAGCAUUAAUUGUGAAUUAUUUAUUUUAAAACAUAUGCAUUCAGUUCCAUUCAUCAAUUUUUCCCAAUUUUAAUUUUAAGCUUACCGAUAAAUGUUCAAUUUUCUAUUCAAGUUCAAAUGUGUCCCGGGAGUUAGAACUGACAAUUUUUUUUUUUACAUGUAUAGGUAAAUGUUUUACAAGCAUAAACUAUUUACAUGUUUUAUCGUUUUCUAUAUUGUUAUCUGUUUCAUGUUAUAUUCGUCAUAAUUUUAUAAAUUGAAAAUGUUUUGCAUGACUUAUUUUGUAUACAUAUACUGUUUAUCUUUAAGUUGGAGUUUUUAAAAGUUAAUUUUUCAUAAAAUCUACUUGUAAUGAUAGAAAUUGCUAAACACAAGUACAUGUAGUCAGUUUUCAUAUUAUGAUUUAUUAAUUAUGAUUUAAUUAAUGAUGAAAAAAAUGUUUGAUAACCAGACAAAACUAUUAUAGUAUAUAGAUGUUAUAAAGAAGCUGGGAUUUAGAAAAAUAAAUGAAAGCUUUAAAAAUUCUGCUUUCUUACAAAUAUUACAUUUUCAAAUGUGAAUCAUUUGAUAAAGUACCAUAGUACAUAUGGAGUACACAUGAUGUACAUUUACAUUGAUCUAGAGUAA